AUGCCGGUGGCGGGGCGCGUCCCGCGGCGGGGCAGCCCCGCGCCCCCCGCGCCGCCCCGCAGCCGCCGCCGCCGCGCCGCGAUGCCGGUGGCGGGGCGCGGGCAGCCCGCCUCCUGGCUGCUGGUGCUGGGCGCCGCCGCGCCCGCCCUCUGGCUGCGCUGCGUGCUCGCCGACUUCACGGUGGACAACGAGGUGCACUCCAGCUUCAUCCACCGGCGGCUGCGCGGCCCCGAGCGCCGCGAGAUGCAGCGGGAGAUCCUCUCCAUCCUCGGCCUGCCGCACCGCCCGCGGCCGCACCUCCACGGCAAGCACAACUCGGCCCCCAUGUUCAUGCUGGACCUUUACAAUGCCAUGUCCGUGGAGGAGGGGGCGGCGGGGGCCGCCGCCGAGGACGGCGAGGGCUUCUCUUACCCCUACAAGCCCAUCUUCAGCACCCAGGGGCCGCCUCUGGCCAGCCUGCAGGACAGCAACUUCCUCACCGAAGCUGACAUGGUCAUGAGCUUCGUCAACUUGGUGGAGCAUGACAGGGAGUUCCACCACCAGCGCUGCCACUACCGAGAGUUCAGGUUCGACCUCUCGCGGAUCCCCGAGGGGGAGGCGGUGACGGCGGCCGAGUUCAGGAUCUACAAGGAUUUCAUCCGCGAGCGCUUCGACAACGAAACCUUCCAGAUCAGCGUCUACCAGGUCCUGCAGGAGCACCCGGGGAGGGAUUCAGAUCUGUUCCUGCUGGACUCCAGGACGAUCUGGGCUGCAGAGGAAGGGUGGCUGGUGUUCGACAUCACCGCCACCAGCAACCACUGGGUGGUGAAUCCCCAGCACAACCUGGGCCUGCAGCUCUCCGUGGAGGGCAUUGAUGGACAAAGCAUCAACCCCAAGCUGGCGGGGCUCAUUGGGAGGCAGGGCCCCCAGAACAAGCAGCCCUUCACCGUGGCCUUCUUCAAGGCCACCGAGGUGCACCUGCGCAGCAUCCGCUCCACGGGCGGCAAGCAGAGGAGCCAGAACAGAUCCAAAACACCAAAGAACCAGGAGGCAUUCCGGGUCUCCAACAUUGCAGAGAACAGCAGCAGUGACCAGCGACAGGCCUGCAAGAAACACGAGCUCUACGUCAGCUUCAGGGACCUGGGGUGGCAGGACUGGAUCAUUGCUCCGGAGGGCUACGCUGCCUAUUACUGUGAAGGAGAAUGUGCUUUCCCCCUGAAUUCCUACAUGAAUGCUACAAACCAUGCCAUUGUACAGACACUGGUUCACUUUAUAAACCCAGAGACUGUGCCGAAGCCCUGCUGUGCCCCUACACAACUCAACGCCAUCUCAGUGCUCUAUUUUGAUGACAGCUCCAAUGUUAUCUUAAAAAAAUACAGGAACAUGGUGGUACGAGCAUGUGGCUGCCACUAGGCUUGUAGGACAGAGGAAGAAAAAGAAGUUAUUUGUAAAGAGUGGGUUUGUGUGGCUGUGUGGGGUUGGGGGAAAGGUUGGUACUCCAGCCAUGGGUUUAAAAAAGUCCCAAACCAUUUUAGGACCAGGCCUCUGAAAGUUCAGACAAUGGAGCAGUUUCUGGAUCUGAAGAGGCAUUUGAACACAUUUUGUUUUAGUUUAUUACAGACAAUGAGCUUGUAAACUGAAACAAGCCAGAGAAACCGUUUAAAACCAAAUCUGCUUACAAAAUUGGCUCCUACAGUACAUACUUUUGCAAAUGAGUCUUUCUGGAGAUUGCAAACUCACCAGUGUUGAUUGUGAGUAAAACAGUAAUAAUCUAUCCAAGGUGAGACUGUGCUGUGACUAAUAAGUGUGUGUAGUUCCUGUAACACGGUUUGCAAUAAAAUAAGUGAACAAAA